AUGCCUCUGAAGCCAGCCCCCACUCUCGGCGUGAUCAGACUGGACUACGACUACCCUCCAGCAUGUGGAGACAUUGACUGCCCUGAUACGUACGGUUACGAUGUCUACUACAAAGUAGUUCCAGGACUCACUUUCGAAAUGGCCCAGUCCGGAAAAAUGACUCCACAAGUCCAGUCUAGAUUCAUCGAGUCUGUCAACUGGCUCAUCAAUACCAAGAAGGUCAACGUCAUCACUGGAGACUGUGGAUUCAUGGUGUACUUCCAAGAGACCGCUUUGAGUAUCCAUAAACAGCAACCAGUGUGUAUGGUUAUGAGUUCUUUGCUGCAACUGAAGUCCAUACAAGCCACCCUCUCACCCAGUGACGAAAUCAUUGUCAUGACUGCAAACGGCUUCGCUUUGGGACAAAUGGCGCCAGCUUUUGAGAAAGCAUGCGGAUUCUCAAUCGUGGACCCUCGAAUCAAGAUCUUAGGCUGUGAAAACAUUCCUGGAUUCGAAGCUGUCGCUCUAGGCGAGAAGGUAGACGUCGCCAAAGUGCAACCAGGAAUGGUGGACCUCGUGAACAAAACACUGAAAGCGAACCCCAAGGUCAAAGGUAUUCUGCUUGAGUGUACCGAGUUGCCCCCUUAUGCAAAUGCGAUCCGAGAAUGCUCGGGACUCCCAGUUUGGGAUGUGAUCUCCGCAUGUAAUUAUGUCGUCUCGUCGUUCCUGAACGAGCCGAGGUAUGGUAAGCAGGGAUGGCAAGCCGAUUGGGAUCAAGUGCAAGACGAGUACAAGUUCGGACAGAAUGUGAAAUCAUCCAACAAAGUAUACCUUGUGAACAAACCAGCAAAAUAA